AUGCUUGAUGUUUUGAUAACUUUGUUAGCAGUUCAACGAGCUGUUAUCAUAUUUUUGGAUGAGAAAUGGCAUUUUCUAGUGGGUCGUCGGGCUUUUCAAAUAAAUACCACUGUUAUUUGGGGUGCACUUAUUUUACAACGAAUUUUCGUUAUUCAAAAAAGUUUGCAGCUUUCAUUUAGGCAUCUCUUAACACCUUAUUUUUCAGUUAUCAAAAUUGGAUUUAAUGGUUUGGGAGCUAACAAUCAUCCCGAAGUAUUCGAAUACUAUUACUAUACCAUUUUUGCAUCAAUAAUGUCCUCAUUUUUCUGCACAAUUUUAUACAUUUCACUAUUCUAUCAUCUUUUCAAGCAACGUGGCAAUGUUCAUUUCUGGCAGGUUCCUGAAAUCGCAUUUUUAUACGAGGGUGUGCCUUUAUUGGUGACGAGAAUAGUGGUUUCAUUUUAUACACUUGUGAAAUUUGAAAUACACGCUGUUGAUAUUUAUAACUAUGAGAUACAUUAUCGAAUUAUAUCUUUGGCUUUAGUUCAAUUCACAUAUCUGUUCGAUGUUGAAACAAUCCGCAGAUAUUGCAAAAAUCGAAAAAUUCGAACUAAUGCAAUUGAUUUGAGCUCAUCAACUCAAAAUUAA